GCCUCGCCUAGCCUGCUCCGCUUCCCUGUCCUGGAGCAAGUCUGGUGGAAAAGGAUCGUGUUCGAUGAGUUCCAUGAAUUGGAGGCAAUCGGCGACACGGCGCAGUUUGACUCCCUGCAGUGCAUCUGUGCUGGAUGCAGGUGGGGUCUGACAGGGACACCUCCCACCCGAGACUUGUCGCAAGUGGCGACAUUGGCAAAGCUUUUUCAACUGCCUGGCUUGCCCUCCAGGGACAGCUGUGACUAUGAGGUACAGCUGGCACAGGAAAUGGCCCAGAGCUUCUUGGAUCGGUUCGCCAGACAGAACACCAGCGAGGAGCUUGAAGUCGUCCCACUCAAAGAGCAGAUUGUUGUCAUUGAGCAGACGCCAGAGGAGCUUCUGGAGCAAGAUGGCAGUGUAGUCCUCCAGUACGUGCCGUCCUUGAAUUUUCAAGUGGUUCGUCUCCUCACCACGACCACAGGUUACAUUAGGAUCAUUAAGCGCCCAUCAGAGGAGGAGCGUGCGAUUUACAUGCAAGCCUCGCACGACCUGUGCGAAGCCAAUGGCGGCCCUUUGGAGAUUACGGGAGAAGCACGAGGCGUCGAGAAGCUCAUCAAGUUGUGCUCCCACUUCGCAGCCUACUCGGGAAUGGCUUCGGGGUCAUCUGCGGAUGCUAAGACCGAAUGCCGGCGAAUCCUGUCCACCAAAGAGCAGCAAGCAAAGCGAGCUGCUAAUCAAAUGCUGCGCUGUGGCGCCUCGACCGGCCUAUUUCGAGUCUAUGCCCUCUAA